AUGGAUGACCCAAACCAGGCGGAUGGAAAGCGUAUUGUUACCAUUAUUCCAGGUGAUGGUAUUGGCCCAGAGAUCUCUCGUUCUGUUCAGCAAAUUUUUGAUGCCGACAAGGUUCCAAUUGCAUGGGAAUCUGUCAAUGUCACACCUAUUCUCAAGGAUGGCAAAACUACUAUUCCUGAAGAGGCUUUGCAUUCUAUCAAUCGCAACAAGGUUGCUCUUAAAGGUCCACUUGAAACACCUAUUGGAAAAGGUCACGUUUCACUCAAUUUAACUCUUCGUCGAACAUUUGAUCUGUAUGCCAAUGUUCGUCCCUGCAAAUCCAUUGUUGGAUACAAGACCCCCUUUGACAACGUCAAUACUGUGCUCAUUCGUGAAAAUACCGAGGGAGAAUACUCUGGAAUUGAGCACGAAGUUGUUGACGGUGUUGUGCAGUCCAUUAAGCUGAUCACUGAAGAAGCUUGUCGCCGCGUUGCUACGUAUGCGUUUGAAUAUGCCAAGUCUAUUGGUCGAAAACGUGUUACUGUUGUUCACAAGGCCACUGUUCAGAAACUCUCGGACGGUCUUUUUUUAUCAGUCUCGCUUGAUAUUUCCAAGAAAUACCCUGAAAUCGUUGUUGAUGAUAUUUUGCUGGAUCGUAUUUGUUUGCAGAUUGUCCAGGAUCCUACCCAGUUCAAUGAUACCGUCAUGGUCAUGCCCAACUUGUACGGCGAUAUUCUUAGUGAUCUUGGCGCAGGUUUAAUUGGUGGCCUUGGUCUUACUCCUAGUGGUAACAUUGGUCAAAAGGCCAGCAUUUUUGAAUCAGUUCACGGAACUGCUCCUGAUAUUGCUGGAAAAGACUUGGCCAAUCCCACUGCGCUACUGCUCUCCUCUGUCAUGAUGCUUCGACAUCUUAAGCUCAACAACCAUGCCGAUAACAUUGAGCGCGCUGUUCUCAAAACCAUUGCUAGUGGCAUUGCUCGCACAGGUGAUUUGGGUGGAAAAGCUACCAAUUCUCAGUUUACUCAAGCUGUGAUUGACAAUCUCCAGCAGCUAUAAUAAAGUACUUGAUUAGUCCUUGUC